GUUCGACGGGAUGCGCGGCACCGCCACCGACGUGGCGACUGUGGCUACAGACAAGACGCUCCAGGAGCGCGAUGGACUGAUUCGAAAUGGUUCGAUGCCGAUCUCGAAUGGAGUGCCUCCGUCUGCGCCCAAGUACGAACAGGUGAUGACGCCGAGUGAGGGCAUUGUCCCUGCAAGCUCAGAUCAUCCUGGCGACGCACCGACAAGCGCCCCGCACGUCUCGGCCGACGAACAACAAGAACGCGAAGAAACGGCUGAAGACUUGAUGCACGGGAUCAACUCGUUCUGGGCUGUGGUAUGGCCCGUGUGUGUGACCAUGGUGAUCGCGAGCGUUGCCGUCGUGAAUUGCCGGAGUCGCGCCCUUGAGCGUUCCAUGGGGUCCUACCUCGUGUACAACGAAGUCCAGGGCGCAGAUGCUGGGCAAGUUGUCGGGCAUUCGCUCGUGAACGCGCUCGUCGUGAUUGGGUUCGUGACCGGUCUCACGUUCUUCAUGGCGCUUCUGUACAAGUUCAACUGCAUGCGGAUCUUAGUGGGGUACAUUAUGUUUUCGUCGUCGGCGAUUCUCGGGUUUGUCGGCGGCCAGCUCGUCGACACCGUCAACGACACGUACCUCCACUGGCCCAUCGACUGGGUAUCGUUCUUGUUUAUCAUGGUGAAUUUCUCGUUCGUGGGAGUCGUGGCGAUCUUUUACCAAAAGGUAUGUGUGGCUUGGAUGGCUUUUUCAACGUGGGUCGCCGUGCGGCGGUCCCCGUCUGGUGUGUGCUUCUCUCGAGCCGUUGUGGCGGCGCCAUGCCGAUGAACGCGCGCUUGACGCGCCAGUUUCCGUGGCGGCGCGCCUCGCGGCGGCGGCAUGGACAACCCUCGUCGGGUGGCGAGUGGUUUGGGUGGCUGGCGCGGUGCUUCCGUGCUAACGGGUGCGUGCAGGGCGUUGCCAAGUGGAUUCAAAACACGUACCUCGUCUUGGUGUCGGUGAUCCUGGCAUGGCAGUUCUCCAUGUGGCCCGAGUGGACGACGUGGAUCUUUUGCAUCAUGUUUGCGUGCUACGAUCUGUGCGCCGUCUUGACGCCAUGCGGGCCGCUCAAAGUUCUGAUCAACCUCAUCCAAGAAAAGCAGGCGCCGAUGCCUGGGCUCCUCUACGAAGCCGAGGUCCGCGACGGCGUGGGCAAUGCGGCGGCACACAAUUCAUCGGCCACUGCGCCCGCGCCGCGUCGCCCACCGACUUCAUCGUCCGGUCCGUCGUCGGCAGCUCGACCGCCGCGCGAACCGCGACAGAUCGAUCCACCGCCGACGGCUGUGCCGCCGUCGCUCGAUGGCGUCGACUUGACUGCGCCGUUUGACGUGCACGACUGCGCGACCGAAGACGAGUUCAAGGCGCUGCUGUUUGCGUUCUAUGCGCGGUAUUCCCCCGACGACACGUGGAAAGUGGACCAAGUCGCGGCGCGAUUCUUUGCCAACCAGCCGCGCAUGUGGCCGUCCUUGUUUCACAAGUACAUGGUGUGCAGCUGCGGCACCGACGGCGUGCCGUGCUCGGUCCAGAUUGCGAUCGAUCUCCGCAACCAACAGCAGCGGCGCGACCACGAUGACGAUGACGACAAAACCAUCAAGCUCGGGCUCGGCGACUUUAUCUUUUACAGCGUCCUCGUCGGCCGCGCGGCCAUUUUCGACUUUACCACGUGUGUGAUUUGCUUUGUCUGUAUUUUGAUGGGACUGGGAGGCACACUCUUCUUGCUGUCGGUGCUCCACAAGGCGCUGCCGGCCCUCCCCAUCUCGAUCUUCCUCGCCACGGCAUUCUACUUUUGGGCACGUUAUACCCUCACCGCCUUUUGCACGUUUGUCACGAGCGUGCCGUCGGCGUUGUAAAUGAAAAACAUGGUGUUGUCGAGAGAUGCGAGUGGCCAAACGAGUGGCGCGCGCCAUGGAGUGUCGGCGGGACGACGCUUCCUGCUGCGCAC